AUGUAUCCAGAUCGCGCUGAGCACGCCCAAUUUCGUGACCAGGAAAUGUCGCUCGGAAUGCAUUAUAACAUUGAGGCCGGUGAGGAGGAUCUAAACACCUAUCUGGUGGAUCAGUCUGUCUUUGAUAUCGAGGAUGGUUAUGUCAGGGCCCCUACUGGUGCAGGGCUGGGGAUUGAGAUUGAUGAAGAUGUUGUCCGGCGUAUCGCGAAAGAUACUUAG